ACCCGCGGCGCGGGGCGGUCCCGGGAGCGGCCGUUCCCCGCCAUGCAGGUCCCGGCGGCCGCGGAGCGGAACAAGGGCCCGAUCCUGGCGGUGCUGCGGGAGUGCGCGGCGCCGGGCGCGCUGCGGGUGCUGGAGGUGGGCGCGGGCGCGGGGCUGCACGCCGCGCACUUCGCGCGGGCGCUGCCGCGGGCGCGCUGGCAGCCCUCGGACAUCGACCCGCGGGCGCUGCGCAGCAUCGCUGCCUACGUGGAGGCCGCAGGGUUGCCCAACCUGCUGCCCCCCAUCCUGCUGGACGUGUCACAGGGCUGGGAGAGCUGGGGGGGCAUGGAGCCCGCCACCCUGGACCUCAUCGUGAGCAUCAACAUGAUGCACAUCUCAGAGCUGCGGUGCACGCAGGGCCUGUUCCAGGGUGCCGGCGUGCUGCUGAAGCCUGGAGGUGUGCUCUUCACCUAUGGGCCCUAUGCCGUGGAUGGCCAGAUCAGCCCCCAGAGCAACGUGGACUUCGACCGCAGCCUGAGGCAGAGCAAUCCCGCCUGGGGGCUGCGGGACACGGCGCUGCUGCGGGAGCUGGCCGAGGCCAACGGGCUGUGCCUGGAGAGGAUGGUGGACAUGCCGGCCAACAACAAGAGCCUGAUCUUCCGCAAGCUGUGACCCGCCCUGACAGCACUUCCAGUGCCUCCCACCACUGCUGCUCCCACUGAUGGCUCCUGCAGGGUGUCACUGUCCCACCGUGGCUGCCACUGGGGCUGGGGACAGCACUGAUGGGACAGAGCCCCACUCACACAGCUGGGGCUGACUUGGCUGGGUAGGGUCCAUCUCCCCUGGUGCCUUUGGGGCUCCCUUUGCAGUGGGGUGCCCCAGCCUGGACCACAAGAGCCAGCACAGCUGCUAAGGGGGGCACAGGUGUAGGAGGGGGACACAACACCCCUGGGCAUGGGGGAGACUCCUUGCUCCAUUUCCUGUGGAUGCUGUGCUGAUGGUGUCCCCCUUCCCCUCUCCCCAGGAUUGUGCUGCUGCCUCCCUAAUAAACUCUGUGGCUUUGGCCCCCACA